GUUUCGUACAUGUUGUUGUUGUUUGUUGCAUUGUGUCAACAUGCAGCAGAAAUGUGUGCAGAUGAGGGUGUAAUCAUGGAUAUGCCAACUUCUGGGUAGUGCUUAUCUCCAGCCAGUUAUCUUUGACAGUGCAUUUCUGAACCAUGCGUUGGUGAAUAAGUUCUGGACUAGCUGUCGAGUGAGUUGUUUCGCUGGGAAGGAUACUCUCAGCUUCUCAGUCUUAGACACUAGAUUAACUUUGAUCCAGGAUGGAGCUUCAGCAAAGGAAACUAACUCGCAUUCAGCGCUUUUGUUACUCUCUUGGACAUGUGCAAAAUGAUGUCUGUGCCUCCAUGUGGUUCACGUAUUUGCUCAUUUACUUCAACAAAGUCCUUGGUUGGCCUGAACCCGUAACCGGAGUGAUUAUGUUAAUUGGACAAGUUGCUGAUGGACUGUCAACACCAUUUGUUGGUGUCCAAGCAGAUUUAAAAGAUAACUUUUGGAUGUGCAGAUAUGGUCGGCGGAAAACUUGGCAUUUGGUUGGGACACUUUGUGUUCUCCUCAGUUUUCCAUUUAUUUUCUCUCCUUGUGCUGGUUGCCGUGAUGCCCCAGGGGAUUACUGGUACCAACUGGUUUACUAUGCUGCUUUUGUGAUUAUUUUUCAAUUUGGUUGGGCAGCAGUACAGAUAUCCCACUUAUCUUUGAUACCUGAUCUUACUCCAGAUGAACAUAUUCGUACCGGAUUAAUUGCCUGCAGGUACACUUUUACCGUGGUAUCCAAUGUUUUAAUCUAUCUUGUGGCUUGGCUAGUUUUGCACAUAUCAUCGCAAGAUCAUGAUCGUAAAAUUGGACCUUCAGAUCAAAGAAACUUUCAGUAUGUUUUAGCUUCUGGUUUGGGGAUUGGGGUAUUAUGCUCUAUUUUAUUCCAUGCUGUUGUAAGAGAACCCCAACCAGCACCUGUAGAAGACCACACUGUCAGGGCCAAUGGUGACACAACCAAAAUUAACUCAGAUAGCAAGCAGAAAACCAUAAAGGAACACUUAUUUUCAAUCCAGUUGUACCAGGUAGCAGCUGUCUAUAUGAGCUCUAGACUUUUUGUCAACCUAAGUCAGGUAUACACCCCCCUUUAUUUGGAUGAACAAGAUCUACCCGCUGUGAGUUUAGCCAUUGUCCCUCUUGUUAUGUUCAUCAGCAGCUUUUCCACUUCUUUUUUAACUAGAGCAAUGAAUAAGCAUUUAGGAAGAAAGAUUGCCUAUAUAAUUGGGUGUGCAAUUGGAGCUGGAGGAUGUGUGUGGGUAUGGCUUGGAGCUGGACAAAUCUACACAAAAUAUGAGGUUUAUGCAGUAGCUGUUCUUCUCGGUGCUAGUAGUUCAAUCCAGCUCGUUACAAGUUUAGGUUUAACUGCUGAUCUUAUUGGUCAGGAUACAGACACAGGAGCAUUUGUGUAUGGUGCCAUGAGCUUUGUUGAUAAAUUGAGUAAUGGAAUGGCUGUUUUUAUUUUACAGUCUUAUUUUCAUCAUAAUUAUAGAAGUGUAUUGGCAUAUGUGUGUGGAGGCUCAACCAUUUUAGGAGCACUGGCCAUAGCAACUUUGAUCCAAUGUCGAGCAAGAUCAUCUUCAGAUUCAGGUUUGUUUGAGACUAGACAGAAUGCUAGAAUUGAAUCAUCCUACAGUGAAAUUUGAAGAUUAGUGCAUUUUAUAAGCAGGGGAGGAAAAAAAUUUCAUACCAAACACUAUGUAAUCUGUAUUAUUUCAAUAAACUGUGUAGUUAACUUAAUUAUGAUCUGUAAAACUUUGAUAUUGCUCAUUCUAGGGUUUUCAUUUGACUUUGUAAAUAUAUUUCGAGCUCAGAAUAUAAACCGAUGACUACUGUGAUGUCAAUCAAGACAUUUGUGAUAUUGGGCUAAGUGAAAGCUGUGUUAUACGUAGGCAUUUCAAUUGAAAAUUUAAUAUAAAUAAAACAGUUCUUAUUCCUGCGAGCCAGGUUCCUAUGUUUCUUUAUUGUGAUUAGCUUAAAAAUUAUGUAUUUUUAUAGAUUAUAUUGAGAUUUGUUUAUACCUUCCUAUAAUGUCUAAUGAAUUGAAUCUGAGUUCUAAAAGACUUUGUUAUUGUUUACUAUUCCUCUUGAUAGUUGGUCAAUUAGAUUUUGUACUUGUUAAAAAAAAUAUUUUUUUUGAGUCUACUAUUUUUUUAUGUACUUGUACUUAUAGGCUAAAGUAGUUUAUGCCAGAAACUUCAAGAGAUGUAAAGAAUAUAAAGCUUAUACUUUGGGUGUUUUUAGUUGUAGUCAGUUUCCUUGCUUAACACGUUGAGUCUCACGUGACCACAUGUAUGGUCACAAUAACCCAUAAUUAGCACACCCCCCCCCUGGGACUCAACGUGUUAAGUUGACCAUUUCACUCAUAAUGUUACUGGUACUCUUUGAGGUGGUCCUGCAUCUGAUUGAUGUGUGGUAGCAGUCCAAUAUGUAUUUCCUUGACUGUCUAUGAGCUUUCUGACGACUAAGCAAUGAUAAGGAGUCUUAUUUAAUGAAAUCUUCCAGUCAUUAGAUAUUGUUGCAGGAUGCAGGACCGCUGUGAGUGUGAGGGUAAUAGUCAAUAAGUACACGUUCCUUGUACAAUUCUCUCUCUAGCAGACACCAGUCUGAAUCCAAAGUACACCAUUACAAAACAUUUGUACCAAUAUAUCAUCAUUUAUCCAUGGCAAAAUCUGUGAAUCGUCUGCUGUAUCUACAAUGUUUCAGCCCAUGAUCUCUUUGACAUGAAGGCAUAGACCAUCCUUUGAUUACUGUGAUGUAUCUUUAAUAAUAUAUGGAACGGUUAAAAUAUCCAAUCCAAUGACUUUGAAGAUAAUCUCUCUAUGAUGUGACACUUUUUGUUGUUUGUUGAAUAUAACUUACAUUCCUUA